AUGUCGCUGCACACGCUGAGCGACGUCGAUCGCGAGCUCAUCGACGACUCGCCGACGCUCGCUCGCCUCGUCCGCAGAGGUCGCCUCGCACCGUCGAGGCUGGCGCAGUUGCUCGCGGCGGGGAGGAGCACGAGGCCGCCGAAGGAGCCAGAGGCGUGGGAGUGCUGUGGCAGCAACUGCAGACCGUGUGUGCGUGAGAUUUGGAAGGAGGAGGCGAAGGUGUGGAGCGAAUGCCAUCCCGGCGGGGUCAGCGACGACGACGGCGACGAGGAGGACACGGUGGACGAGGAAGGGGACGAGAAAGAGCGGAAGGAGGACGAGGAGGAGGAGAAACCGCGAGUUGCGAAGGUGGAUGAGGAGGAGGACAAGCGAGGCAGUUCGAGCGGACGGGAGACGCCUCGUGUCGAGAUUGAACUCGAGAAGCUGGACUUGGAGGAGACGGAGGAGAACAAGGCGACAGGAUGA